UGUUUGGUCUGCACACACACGUUCCCAGGCCAGGUGAAGUUGGUGCUGUCGCUCUUCAAGAACCUGGGCUCCUUCCUCACCACCAAGAACUCCACCCUGCGGCUGGGGCUGGGGCUGGGCCAGGGGUCAGAGGUCAGGGGGCGUAGCCUGGCGGUCAACUCCCACGUGAUCUCUGCCUCGGUUCACCGCGGCGUCAACAGAGUGUACCUGUCUGAGCCUGUGAUCUUCACCCUGCGACACCUGCAGGAGAACCACUACGGCCCUAACUGCUCCUUCUGGAACUCCUCGGGGUCCUUGGGCAGCGGCAGGUGGUCCACGCAGGGCUGCCGCCUUCUGCACUCCAACAGCACACACACCACCUGCGCCUGCAACCACCUCUCCAGCUACGCCGUGCUCAUGACGUACCAGCAGCCUGCGUCCGGGGUGGGGGUAGAGGAGCUGCUGGUGUCCGGGGUCUCGUGGGUGGGCAUCUCGGUGGCCCUGGUGUGCCUGGCCGGCUGCCUCACCACGCUGUGCUGUCAGGGGGCGCCCUGGCACAGCGACCACAGCAACAUCCACUGCAACCUGUGGGCCAACCUCCUCAUCACCGAGCUGCUUUUCCUCGUGGGCGCCAACAAGACGCAGUUCACAGUGGCGUGCUCCAUCGUGGCGGGCAUGCUGCACUUCUCCCUGCUCUCGGUGUUCUGCUGGCUCUGCCUGGAGGCGGUGGAGCUGUACCUGCUGCAGAGGGAGGUGUUUGAGGGCCAGAACUCCAGGAGGAAGUACUUCUACCUGUCGGGGUACUCUGUCCCCGUGCUGGUGGUGGCCGUCUCCACUGCCAUAGACUUCAGAGGAUACGGCUCCAGCACUGCGUGCUGGCUUCGAACAGACAAUUAUUUCAUAUGGAGCUUCCUUGGACCGGUGGCUUUCAUAAUAACGCUCAACCUGGUUGUCUUGGUGAUGACCCUGCACAAGAUGCACAGCUCUGCUGCCCUCAAGCCAGACUCCAAUCGACACGAUAACCUCAGGGCGUGGGCGGUGGGCUCGCUCACCCUCCUCUUCCUCCAGUGCGUGACAUGGUCUGCAGGCCUGGUCUUCCUCUCCGCUCCCUCCCUCCUCCUGGCCUACCUCUUCUCCUCGCUCAACACCGCCCAGGGCCUGCUGAUCACCAUACUGCACUGCACCCUGGCCCGCAAGGGCCAGAAGGACUACGGGCGCUGCCUGCGUCUGUCCCAGUGCUGCGGCGGCUCGUCCUCCAGCUCCCCGGACUCUGUGAAGGGGGCGGCGCUGCGCUCCAACAACCGCUACAGCAGCAGCCAGGCCCGCAGAGCCACCGCCAACAGACAGAGCCGCAUCCGGAGGAUGUGGAACGACACGGUGCGCCGACAGACCGAGUCCUCCUUCAUCGCCACGGACGUCAACAACACCCCCACCCUCAACAGAGCUGCCUUGGGGAACCACUUCCUGACUAACCCUGUGCUGCAAACGCACCCUGGAGCGUCCCCCUAUGACACUCUGCUAGCCCAGGGCUACAGCCAGCCCUUCACCUCCACAGUAGGAACCUUCAGAAACAAGCCGAAGGGCGGCGUGUCCGCGGGCCAGGAGCCCUGCGGCCUGGACAGCGUGUGUCUCAACGGCGGCUACACCCCCAACACCUUCACCCUGCACGGCCUGGCCUCCGCCCCGGGGUCCCGCGCCGGGGUGGUGGGCAGCACCGACCUCCUGAGGGGCGAGGGGGGCGGCGGAGGGCUGGGGGUGGACGACGUCUCCCCCGGGGCGCUCCUCUCCCCCCACUCCGGGGGCGUCCCGGAGUUGGGCGGCGGCGGCGGCGGCGGGAUGCGGCGGAACCUGUCGGACGCGGCGGCGCUGGAGAAGAUGAUCAUCUCGGAGCUGGUGCAGAGCAACCUGAGGCCGGCCGCGCCCAUGCCCGUGCCCCCCGAGCGCUACGGCAGCCUGGCCCGCCCCCUCCACGAGCGGGCCGGCCACGCCCACAGCGCCACGCUCACGCGCCACUCCCAGCAGCAGCAGCACGGCCACGAGGGCUGGGCGGCCGCCAUGCCCACGCACCACGCCCGGCCGGGCCCCCCCGACGGCUGGCCCUCCGGCCGGCCCCAGCCCGGGGACCCCGAGCUGCACCAGGGCCCCGGGCUGAGGGGCCAGGACCUCCACCACCCCGUGGCCGCCGUGCAGGCGCGCCUGCAGGAGGGCUGGGCCCACGCCGCGCACGGCGGCCCCGGCAGCGCCGAUCCCAAGGAGAAGCUGAAGGACGGGGACCGGGCGCAGCUGCAGUGCACCCUGGGCCGCCGCGGGCUGCUGCAGGACAGGCAGCAGGCGCGGCCCCCGGACAUCCAGGCCCGGCCCUACUCCACCAUCAGCCGCACCCCGGGGACGCUGUCGCGGCACCGCGCCGCCGCCGCCGCCGCCGCCGAGGGGGCGGGCGGGGCGGCGGGGGAGAGGGAGCGCGAGAGGGACCGCGAGAGGGACCGGGACCGCUACCGGGACAGGCCGCUGCCCCCGCCGCCGCCCCCGCCCCCGCAGGAGGCGGAGCCUCUGUACAAGGCGCUGGAGGAGCCCCUGCUGCACCAGCAGCGGGACGCGGCCAUCGCCGAGUGGCAGGCGGGCCAGGGGAAGGACGAGAUGUUCCUCCUGAAGCGGGACGCCCUGGCGGAGGACUGGAGGGAGCGCGGGCCCGGCGAGGGCCACCCGUCCCAGAAGACGGCCGCGGACGGGACGGAGGAGUGGCGGAGCGGCGCGGAGCGGGGGAGGGAGGACCCCCUGCUGCUGGAGCAGAGGGACGGCCGGCUGGAGGUGUGGCGGGGCGGCGGGGAGGAGUCGGACAAGGAGGAGACCUUCAUCACGCAGAAGAACGAGUUCGCCAUGGACCGCUGGAGGGGCGGCGCCGAGCGGGAGACGGAGGAGCCCCUGUUCCUGAAGGAGCGGGACGGCUGGAGGAGCCUGGUGGAGCAGGACAGCGAGGAGUUCAAGCCCAAGGACGGGGCGCUGGAGGUGUGGCGGGGCGGCGUGGACAUGGAGCGGGACGAGUCCUUCCUGUUUGACGGCAAGGACGCCAGCGGCGGCAGCGGGGGCGGCGGCGGCGGCAUGGACGGGUGGCAGCGCGGCGCCGAGCGGGGGUCCUUCCGCUACCACGGCGACCGGGAGGACUCCUCGGACACCUACACCCUGCCGCUGAGCCCCGACGUGGACCUGGACCCGGACUCCUCGCCCAUCUACGCCCGGGACUCCAACCCCUCGCCGCUGUACCCGGGCGAGCGCCGCUCCCCGCCCGUCGGCGUCUUCCCGCGCGGCUCGCCGCCCGCCAACAUCUUCGCCUCGCGCGAGCCCAGCCCGCCCUCCUCCUCCUCCGGCGGCGGCGGCGGCGGCGGCCUCUACUCCCGCCACUCCCCGCAGGUGUACAGCCGCGGCAGCUCCCCGCCGCCGCCGCCGCGCUUCUACACGCGCACCACCCCGCCCUCCCUGUCCUACCCCGACAGCAGCCCCGAGGGCCCGGAGGAGCUGAGCCCCACGGGGCCGCGGCCGCAGCGGCCCGCCCUGGACCUGCCCUACAGCAUGGGCCGCCCGCCGCUGGGGCCGCGACCCAACCACCUGCAGACCUUCUACCAGCCGCCGCCGCGGGCCGCCGACGGGGAGCCGGGCUACCUGCCGGACGCCGGCUGCGACGCGGAGGACGGACAGAUGCAGCGGGUGACCAGCCUGUGACUAGGGCGGUGGUGAUCGGGGGCGUAGACAGCAGGAAGGAAGAGGAGGCAGCCGGAGAGAGAGCCGUUGAAACCACGCAACAAGCGCACACACACUCAAACGCACACACGCGCACACACACACAGGAAAAAGAAAAACACACGCUACAAUUCGGAACGAGUGAAAUGGCGAUCCCUGAUGAGUGACUUGUGUAUAAAGGUCAAGACAA